UAUGAUUUCUUAACCUGAAAAAGAAUAAAAUGCUGAAGACAAAGAAAUUAUUAUCAUAGUAAAUGAAAAAAAUGAUAUUAUUGGUUAAUCAAAAAGAAAAGAGAUGAGAUAACAAAAAUUAAUUCACAGAGCCACUUAUAUUUUUGUACUUCAAACAAAAACAAAUAAAUUAUUUAUACAUAAAAGGUCUUAAGAAAAAAGAUAUUGCCCUGGAUAUUUUGAUGCCUGCUUUGGAGGAGUAGUUGCAAUUAAUGAAACAUAUGAAUCAAAUGCAACAAAAGAAAUUCAUGAAGAAAUUGGAUUGUAAAAUGUGAAUAUAAUUCCAAAGAAUGAAUUUUAUUAUGAAGAUUAGAUUAGUAAAAUAUGGGGAAAAAUAUUUUUUCUAUAUUUUGAUGGAGAAGCAAAUUAAUUAACCCCAUAAAUUGAAGAAGUAGAAUACAUUGAUUUGAAAGAAAUCAAAGAUAUACUUGUAUCCAAUGAUAAAUGGACACCUGAUGGAAUGCAUGCAUUAAAAUUAUUUAUUGAGUAAAUGCCAGAAUUGAAACAAUAUUAAUGA